CGUGUCCUCAUGUUGCGCGCCAAUACGUAUACAGGCCAGUCCACGUACUAUUAGCAGUCAAGGGUUGUUGCUUUUAAGUUAGCCAGAGAAUAAAACAAACAACACUUGAAAUGGCCACCAGUCAUACAUGGACAUUAAAACGCUAUGGGCGAUAUCUUCCACGAUCUACAGCUGGAAACCCUUGGAAGGUAUUCGAGGCAAAUGCUGAUAAAUCUGACAUUCUCCUGAAACUUGUCGAAUCUGGAUACAUGCUGAUAUUCCAAGGACAUGAAAGUCUGGAUGCAGUCCCUUUGCUCUCUGGAACCACGGUUUUCAAAGUACAACAGAAAUCUGAUAGCCUGAUGUUUCAAUUUACUGAGAGGUGAGGAGAGAAGCGCAUGAUGAGGAUGCAGUUUGAUGGGAGAAGCAUGAAAGAGGCUAUAAAGGAGUGUUCGAGUGCUGUGAAAAAACUGAUGGAGUACGUGUCUGUCACCGCUGAGGAUGACACCCCAUUGCCCCCGAAUCAGUCCCCUGCUGAGGUCCCUGCACCGGUGAUACAGAAUUUGCAGGGAAAGGCUGUGGGAGCUGAGCCUGAGGUUGCCCAGGGAUCACUGACCAUCAAGCGUCUGGCUCAGCAUAUCAUGGGAGAGCAUGCUUUGACUCUGCCUCAAAUGUAUCGCAACAAUUCUUCAACUCAAGGUGACUUGGAGCCCAUGCUGCGUGUUUUCCUGCUGGAUCCCAGCUUUCACGCAUUUGUGGACAAAGUGGAGGGUGAGCUGAAGAAACUCCUUCAAGAGUGAAGAGUCUCAACAACCGCCGAAGGCAGAAAGUUGAAUUUUGUUCGUAUAGAGUUUGUGUAGGCAGUGCCUGGUGGUGGUCAUAAAUUGUUACUUACUGCACUGCGGACGUUGUUGGAAAUGUUACACUGUGGUUGUUAUUGUAUUUACACUGAGGAGUAUGGUUUCCAUGGUAUUAAAUGCAACUGGUGAAAGCAAGAA